GCAAUGGGGCCCUGACGUCACCGAGGCGCCCUGGCUCUCCUGAGCCGCUAGUACUGCUGGCGAAAAGAUGGGAAAACCAGAUAGCCGUUUAUCGGAGAUUUAAGAUAAAAAUGCCUGCUUUGGCCGCACAUGUCCGGUUGUUAGAAGACUAAGCUGUAGCAGCGCUUUGAGCUUCACCAGACAACGAAAAAGGUAUUUGUAACUCUGGUCACAUCAUCAGUCCCUAAAAGUGGAGUGGAGGGGACCAUUUUUUUAAUACCAUGAAUCCUGUGCCCAGCAUCUGCAGUUGAAGCAACAUCAUCAGGAUCACUCCUUUGUUGCAGAGAAGCACCCCAAAGUCUGCAAGGCUUUACUUACAUCUGCUCAUCUGGUGACCCCUUUUCUAGUUAGCAGAAUAUGUAUGGUAGCGCCCGCUCCGUUGGCAGGGGAGAUGCCAAAAAUGGGGGAGGAAGAGACGGAGGCAGCGGCGGUGGUCAUCAGGGAUCAGGCCGUUCCCCACGCCUCCCUCGAUCUCCCCGGAUGGGACAUAGACGCACCAACAGCACAGGCGGUAGCGGAGGAGGCCCUGGAGGAGCAGGAGGGAAAACUCUCUCCAUGGAAAACAUCCAGUCCCUCAAUGCUGCUUAUGCCACCUCAGGACCGAUGUACAUGAGCGACAAUGAGGUAGCAAUGGCAGGAGACCAUGUAUCCAAAGGUGGCAUGACUGUGACCGUCACAGGACGACAGAGGGUGACAUAUGGAUCGCGAGGUAGCAGCGGUGGGGUUGUAGCUGCUAGCACGCCCAAUAUCUCCACCACAGUGCCUGCUAAUGCUGUGUUGCCAGCAGGCAUGAUGGCAGGGGACGCGCUGGCGUUUGGGGACCACCACAUGGCUUCCACUGUACCCCACUCUCUAAGACAGGCCAGAGACAACACCAUACUAGACCUGCAGUCCCAACUUAAAGAGGUUCUACGCGAGAAUGAGAUGCUGCGACGAGAGGUUGAAGUGAAAGAGAGCAAACUGAGUUCCUCCAUGAACUCUAUCAAAACCUUCUGGAGCCCAGAGCUAAAGAAAGAGCGAGCCCUAAGGAAGGACGAAGCUUCCAAGAUAUCUGUCUGGAAGGAGCAGUAUCGCGUUAUUCAGGACGAAGCGCAGCAUCUCCAGAUGACUGUUCAAGCUCUUCAGGAUGAGCUGAGGAUCCAGAGGGAUCUGAACCAGCUGCUCCAGCAAGACCCUGCCAGUCAAGGAAGGGAGCUGGCCCUGACAUCUGAGCCUACAGAGGAGAACUACCAGAGACUGCAUGCUGAGCAUGAGAGACAGGCGAAAGAGCUCUUCCUUCUUAGGAAGACGCUGGAGGAGAUGGAGCUGAGGAUUGACACCCAAAAGCAAACCCUGGUAGCUAGAGACGAGUCCAUCAAAAAGCUUCUGGAGAUGCUGCAGAGCAAAGCACCAUCUGCCAAAGCAUCAGAGGAAGAUCAGGAGCGGACCCGGAGGCUGGCUGAUGCAGAAAUGCACAGGCAUCACCUUGAAAGUUUACUGGACCAAAGGGAUCGGGAGAUUACAGCUCUCAGAGAGCAGGAGCUUCAUCGUCGAUACGAAGGAACUCCAGAGUCCACCAAAACAAAGGCUUUGCAGACUGUUAUCGACAUGAAGGAUGCAAAAAUCAAUUCCAUGGAGCGGAGCCUCAGGGACAUGGAGGAGGAGGUUCUAAUGCUGAAAUCUAAUGGGCUCCUGAGCUGUGAGGAGCGUCAGGAGGAGAUGAAGCAGAUGGAGGUGUACCGCAGUCACACCAAGUUCAUGAAAAACAAGAUGGAGCAGGUGAAGCAGGACCUUUCCAGGAAGGACACUGAGCUCCUUGGUUUGCAGACUAAGUUGGAGACGCUAACUAACCAGUUCUCUGACAGCAAACAGCACAUUGAAGUCCUCAAAGAGUCUCUCACUGCCAAGGAGCAGCGCGCUGCCAUCUUACAGACCGAAGUUGAUGCCUUACGUCUGCGCUUGGAAGAGAAGGAGGCGACUUUGAAUAAGAAGAGCAAACAGAUUCAAGAAAUGUCAGAGGAGAAAGGAACCCUGAACGGAGAAAUCCACGACCUGAAAGACAUGCUGGACGUUAAGGAGCGCAAAAUUAAUGUGCUGCAGAAAAAGAUUGAGAACCUGCAGGAGCAACUUAGAGACAAGGAGAAGCAGAUGAGCAGCUUAAAGGAGAGGGUGAAGUCCUUGCAGGCAGACACUUCAAACACUGACACUGCUCUCACAACACUGGAGGAAUCACUUGCAGAAAAGGAAAGAAUUAUUGAACGUCUGAAGGAGCAGCGCGAUAGAGAUGACCGGGAGAAGACGGAGGAGCUUGACAGCUCCAAGAAGGAGCUGAAAGAGCUGAAGGAGAAGCUGAGCUUAGUGCAGGGAGACCUGUCAGACAGAGAGACCUCUCUGUUGGACCUGAAGGAGCAUGCUUCAUCCCUGGCUUCAUCAGGACUGAAGAAAGAUACCAAACUCAAGAGUUUGGAAAUAGCCUUGGAGCAGAAGAAGGAGGAGUGCCUCAAACUGGAAAACCAACUGAAAAGAGCUCAAAAUGCAGCACUGGAAGCUCAAGCCAAUACAGAGCUGGCUGAGCGCAUCAGGAACCUAGAACAGGAAGUGGCCCGUCACAGAGAGGACUCUGGGAAGGCCCAGGCAGAGGUUGACCGCCUCCUCGAGAUACUUCGGGAAAUGGAGAACGAGAAGAACGACAAGGACAAGAAGAUCAGUGAGCUGGAGAGUUUGGCCUCCAGGCAAAUGAAGGACCAGACUAAAAAGGUAGCCUCUCUGAAACACAAGGAGCAGGUGGAGAAGAGCAGGAAUGCUCGACUGAUGGAGGAGGCCAGGAAGCGUGAGGACAACCUGUCUGAAACUUCCCAGCAGGUGAAGGACACUCUGCGUCAGAAAUCAGAGCGCAUUGAAGAGCUGGAGGAGGCUCUGAGGGAGAGCGUUCAGAUCACUGCUGAGCGAGAGAUGGUGCUGGCACAGGAAGAGGCUGCACGAUCGCUGCAGGAAAAACAGCACUCAUUCAAACCAAUGCAUGAGUCCAACCUCUCCCACUUAAAGUGGUCUAAGAUGGAGGAGCUGCUGGGUGCCAUGGAGAAGGUGAAGCAGGAGUUGGAGUCCAUGAGGGCUAAGCUGGCAUCCACCCAGCAGUCUCUGUGUGAAAAGGAGGCCCACCUCACAACCCUGCGAGCUGAGCGCAGGAAACACCUGGAGGAGGUGCUGGAGAUGAAGCAGGAGGCACUUUUGGCUGCCAUUAGUGAAAAGGAUGCUAACAUCGCACUGCUGGAGUUGUCAUCCUCUAAGAAGAAGAAGACCCAGGAUGAGGUGACUCAGUUGAAGCGAGAGAAGGACAGACUGGUGCAGCAGCUCAAGCAGCAGACUCAGAACAGAAUGAAGCUGAUGGCCGACAACUAUGAAGAUGAUCACUUAAAGGCUGCACACGAUCACACAAAUCACAAACCCUCUCCAGAUCAGAUGAUUGCCCCUCUUCUUGCCCUGUCCCAGAACCGCAGCAAGCUCAAACUCUACAUCGCCCAUUUGACAGACCUCUGCAAUGACCGAGACCCCAGCAUCCUCAGCCAGCUCUCUCCUCCCUCUCAUUACCACCACAGCGACCCUGAAGACUGGGAGGAGGAGCUUCAGAAAAUGAAAGUUGAACAGUUGGAACGGGAGUUGGAGGUGUGUGAGAAGGAGAGCGGGGAGCUGCAGGAGUACGCCAAUUCGGUCCUCCAGCAAAUCGCAGACUACUGCCCAGAUAUCCUGGAACAGGUUGUCAAUGCGCUGGAGGAGUCAUGUUGACAAAUCUAACCUCGGACUCACAGAGCCCAGAAAGCCCCACCCAUCACCCCCCUCCUACAAGGAGACAAAGCUUAGGCCGUCAUCCUCUCCACCUGGCAACAAACCUCCAGGAAACAGAAGUGCUUUUCUGUCUCAUAUUUCUAUCUUAGGUUAGGCUGGUUGCACAAAAUAAGAACAUUCAACAAACACUUUGAGUAAAUAUUCAGUUUAGUCCAAAUGAGUGAAGAGACCUAAAGCACAGGCCUGAUCGUGUCAGGCACGCACACUGGAAUGAUCUUUACUUUUAAUUUAGCCUCUUCUCACAGAUGCUGUUCCAGAUGGAGAAGAGAGCCUGACCCAGAGGAGGGACAGACACUCUCACUCCCUUUACCUCUUAGAUUUAUCUCUCAACCCUCUCAUGUUAAGAGGGAUACAUAUUCCCCAUCAUUGGGACAGAAAAGCACUUUUUUCCUGCUGUUUCUUAGGAAAGCUGCUAUAUCCAAAGGGAGCAGGAGGGAGUGGAUUCCAGAGGCGCAGCAUGGAGCCAUGUAGAUGUUUUUCAGUCUAGGGUUGCCUAACAUGACACAAUUUGAGGGCAACUUUUCAACCAAAUUAGCACAGACAGCUGCAGAAGAGCUGCAGUUUUGGUCAUCAGUGGCUGGGUCAUUAGAGGGGUUCAGCCUUUACCAGAAGAGUUUCUGAUUUUAGUUACUAUGUUCUCAAGCAGAGAAGAGGAUUUAGGGGUGGAAAAGAAGAGCUUUUAUUGUUGAGGUGUUCAUUUCUCGGUGGUUUUUUGCACACAGUGUCCACUUGUUAAUGGGGUAUGCAAUGUUUCUUUGAGAACGUUCUUGUGGCCUUGGAGCAUGCACAGAAAUCAGUACAGGACCUAAAUGCCGAGGUAUUUACGCCUCUGUAAUACUGGUGCUACGGCAUGAUGUAAGAACUGAUCCUCAUCCAAAGUUCCUAAUGGAUUUCCUUAAAGCCCACAUAUUGAUGCCCUUUUUUGUAUGCUCAGAUGUCUGUUUGCGUUUUUUUUCCUUUUUGGUUUUUGUUUGUUUGAAUAUUCAGGGCUGAGUUUUUUAAUUACUAAGUGCAUUGAUUGACAUUAACAGAGAAAAUAAGUCAAUUUUCAAGCAGGUUUUGACUUUUUAAAUCAGUUUGUAAAUAAUGUGAUAUUUAACACGUACAGUAACUGAAUAAAAGUAAUACCGUGGAAGGUGUUGUGCAUUAAAAGGAAAAAAACUAAAUCUGAAAAGUUCAAAGCAGUGCAGUUGUCUUUUGUGUCUAAUUUUGUCUCCUGGGGGACAGGCGUAAGUGUGACAGUGCUGCCAUAAACUGCAGAAAGUCUAUGUUCUAUAGAAAAUAUAUAUAAAUAAGAUAUAUGAAAAGUUUUACUGUAUCAAUAUGCAUUGAAUGUUUGCACAGAAUCUCCAAGAGCAAGUUGCUCUGAACAAAAUGUUUUCAGCGGAAACUGGGAAAAGAUGCAUUUAAAAAAAAAAGUGUUAAAAUAAUGUGCGAAGUUCAGACAUUUCAAACCGUGACUAUGUGAUGGUGGGAGAGUACUGUUGAGUUUGUUUCUAAUUGUCUUUUUCAAAUAAAUAAUCUCGCCAAACGGUGGAGCUUUCCUGAGAUUCCCAUGUUGUCUUUUCUUAUAUUAAUGGUUUUCAUUGCUGAACUUUAAAGGAUAAAAACAAAUCUUGGGCUAUCUUAGCCUUCCUGCUACAAAAGGUUUAAUUCGGUAGGUAUCGGAGGAAGAACCAAAGACAAGAGCUGGAGUAAAAAAAAAAAAAAAA